AUGCGGAAAAUGAUCGCCGCUUUGGAAUUAGGCUGCAAAUUCUCAGAGGUCGCCUUGGGUGACAAAAGUGAGGCGGCGAUUGCGGUUCCAAACAUGCCCAAUCGGGGAUAUCAAGGAAAUGGGCAAAUGACCUCAACCCAACAAGCCGCAUCGCCUAAAUCACAGUCCACAGCUUCUCCUAUCGAACCUAUUGUCUAUAGCGGCAGCAAUGGUAUCUCGGGGGGAGAUAUUGCAGCUAUAGUAGGAUGUAUUCUUGGGGUUCUUUUAGUACUUGCCGUGUUUUGCAUUGGUCGGAGGGGAAAGCGGGGACCGCGGGGACCACGGGGACUGCCAGGAGAACCAGGAGAGGCUGGAAUACCUGGCCCUGAUGGAGUAGCUGGCCCUGACGGAGCAGCUGGCCCUGAUGGAAUACCUGGCCCUGAUGGAGCAGCUGGCUCUGACGGAAUACCUGGCCCUGACGGAAUACCUGGCCCUGACGGAAUACCUGGCCCUGACGGAAUACCUGGCCCUGAUGGAGCGGCUGGCCAGCCUGGUCGAGAUGGGGCUGCUGGCCAACCUGGCCGAGAUGGAGCGGCUGGCCAACCUGGUCGAGAUGGAGCGGCUGGCCAGCCUGGCCAAGAUGGGGCUGCUGGCCAACCUGGUCGAGAUGGAGCGGUUGGCCAAGAUGGUGCACCAGGAGAACCAGGUGUGCGGGGCGAACCAGGAGAGCGAGGAGAGCAAGGAGAGCAAGGAGAGCAGGGAGAGCAAGGAGAGCAAGGAGCGCCUGGCCGAGGCGGAGCGGUAGAGGCUGGAGCAGCAGGACACAGAGUGGUAAUAAUCUCUGGUUAAAUUCUUCAUCCCAG